AUGACCGAGGACACACACCCGGACGAUGACAGCUAUAUUGUGCGCGUCAAGGCUGUGGUUAUGACCAGAGAUGACUCCAGCGGGGGAUGGUUCCCACAGGAAGGAGGCGGGAUCAGUCGCGUGGGGGUCUGUAAGGUCAUGCACCCCGAAGGCAAUGGACGAAGCGGCUUUCUCAUCCAUGGUGAACGGCAGAAAGACAAACUGGUGGUAUUGGAAUGCUAUGUCAGGAAGGACUUGGUCUACACCAAAGCCAACCCCACCUUUCAUCACUGGAAGGUCGACAAUAGGAAGUUUGGACUUACUUUCCAAAGUCCUGCCGAUGCUCGAGCCUUUGACAGGGGAGUGAGGAAAGCAAUCGAAGACCUUAUAGAAGGCUCAACCACAUCUUCCUCCACCAUCCACAAUGAAGCUGAGCUUGGUGAUGACGACGUUUUUACGACAGCUACAGACAGUUCUUCUAAUUCCUCUCAGAAGAGGGAGCAACCGACCCGGACAAUCUCCUCCCCCACGUCCUGCGAGCACCGGAGGAUUUACACCCUGGGCCACCUCCACGACCCCUACCCCACGGACCACUACCACCUCGAACAGCCGCUGCCCAGGCCGUACCGCCAGGUGAGCUUCCCGGACGACGACGAGGAGAUCGUGCGCAUCAACCCGCGGGAGCGGGUGUGGGUGACGGGCUACGAGGACUACCGGCACGCGCCCGCGCGGGGCAAGGCGCCCGGCCCCGCCGACGACCCCGACGCCUACGUGCGCUUCGCCAAGGGCGAGGCGCCCAAGCACGACUACACCUACCCCUACGUGGGCGCCCCGGACUGCGGCCUGGGCCUGGGCCUGGGCGAGGACCCCAAGGGGCGCGGGGCCGGCGUGAUCAAGACGCAGCCGUCGCGGGGCAAGGCGCGGCGGCGGCCGGAGGAGGGCGAGCGCUCCCGCUGCGAGUACUGCAGGGACCUGUUCAGCCACGACGACAACCGGCGCGGCCGCUGCCAGGACGCGCCCGACGCCGCCAGGACUUGCAUCCGCCGCGUGAGCUGCAUGUGGUGCGCGGACAGCCUGCUCUACCACUGCAUGUCGGACCCCGAGGGCGACUACACGGACCCCUGCUCGUGCGACACCAGCGACGACAAGUUCUGCCUCCGGUGGAUGGCCCUCGUCGCGCUGUCCUUCCUGGCGCCCUGUAUGUGCUGCUACCUGCCCCUGCGCGCCUGCUACCACUGCGGCGUGCUGUGCAGGUGCUGCGGCGGCAGGCACAAAGCGGCCGCCUGA